AUAUGUUGUGCGUUUUAUUUUUCAUUUUAGUAAAUCUAUUGUUAGAAGAAACUACAUUAAACAAGCCAUGAAGGAGUGUGAACGCAAUAAAGUGUACGUGUUUCUGUUGGCAGCAAUAGUUAGCAUUGUAAAAGGUCAACAUACAGUCAAAAACGUGACCUUCAGUGAUACUCUAUUUUCAUCCCCUGGAUACGUAGAUAGUCUUCCCUAUAGAAUUAAUACCACCCGGGAUUACCGUUUCUCCACUUAUCCCAAUUACACCAUGAUUCUUACCGUGGUAGAGUUUGUGUUGGAAAACGCAGACAAGAAUUAGUGACUGUUUGUAUGACAAAGUUACACUGUAUGAUGGGUAUAAUAACUCUGCGCCAGUACUGAAUGUUCUCUGCGGCACAAUUACCCCGGGUACAACGUACACGACGACAGGCGACACUGUUUAUGUGGUAUUCUAUUCGGAUUACAGUAAUACUUACAAGGGGUUUCAAAUGUCGGUUAAAGCAGAUGGUCCAACCUUUACUACUGCAACUCUAACUUCAAGUCCUCGCACUCUAACGACAUCUACAACUGCCACGACAGGUCAACAUACAGUCAAAAACGUGGCCUUCAGUGAUACUCUAUUUUCAUCCCCUGGAUACGUAGAUAGUCUUAACUAUGGAAUUAAUACCACCCGGGAUUACCGUUUCUCCACUUAUCCAAAUUAUACCAUGAUUCUUACCGUAGUAGAGUUUGUGUUGGAAAGCGCAGACAAAAAUAGUAAUUGUGCCUAUGACAGAGUUACAUUGUAUGACGGGUAUGAUGACACUGCGCCAGUUCUGAAUAUACUUUGUGGUUCUAUUUCUCCGGGUACAACGUACCAGACGACAGGCAACGCUGUUUAUGUAGAAUUCUAUUCGGAUGGAACUAAUACUUAUAAGGGGUUUCAAAUGUCAGUUAAAGCAGACGGUCCACGUUUGUCAACGACGAAAACAACCUUUUCUACUGCAACUCUAACUUCAAGUCCUCGCACUCUAACAACAGUUACUGCUCCCACGACAGGGGAUCAACAGUCUCCAUCAAGAACCAGUAUUCCACCAUCUAGUACUUCAACAUCAGCUUUACCAGACAACGGCUUGGUGUGUUUUGGUUGUGAAUAUACUACUGCGUUAUCAUACUGCGACAGCAUACAGUCUUGUAAAGUAAAUCAGAUGUGUUAUCUUCAACGUGCCAGAAACCCGCAGGGCCAUAAUCACUACAGGUCGGGCUGUAUGGACCAGCAGAUCUGCUACAGACACAAUCAAAGUGACAAUGGGUUAUCCAGUGAGACAUGUCUACAAUGCUGUACAGAACAUUUCUGUAACUCACAUGGCUGUGGAGAUCAUGGUUUCCCUCCAAUGGAGUCACGUGGUCCAAUUUGUCUUGAUUGCGCAUAUGCUAGCCACCCAAAUGAGUGUGAUAGGGUCACAAUAUGCAGUCAGGAACAGUCUUGUCAUAUCGAAGAGUUGCAGUGGGGAGAUGUGUCAAUAUUUCAUCUUGGUUGCAAAUCUAUCCAUGAAUGUGCGUUUGAAACCCGUUCAGUGACCGACAUGAAUGAUGCCUCUACAGCUGGUAAAGACGUCCUGUCUCAACGAUCCGUUCCGCUUUGUAAAGCGUGUUGCCAAGAUGACUUCUGUAAUCGCAAUUGUACGAGGAGUGGCAGCAAUAACCAACUAGAAAUUGUUGGAUAAAUGUUAGGUUCUAGACACAGCAUUGCUAACUUCAAAAGUUUCUUUGUCAACAGCAACAACAUUAAAUGCAUUCAUCUUUGA